AUGGCUCGACGCAAGCUUGCCACGAUGAGGGGUCCCUAUGGCUCAGACUGCCAGGGAAUUGGUUCAGGUGAUGAGCAAGCCUCUCCGCGCAAAAAACUCUACAUAAAGGACACCUGUGAGAGUUCUUCUGAAAAGAACAAGCCUGACGAGGCUGAUUCCUGCGAGAAAUCUGGGACUCGACAUACCUGUAACCCUGGUGACCAACUGCUUGACGAUUUCGAGCAAGACGACUUCCUUCCACUGGCGUUAGAGCGUGUUUUUGAAACUCCCGGCAAAUCCCCACUUGACGACAGUGAAGACGAGACGGAUGAAUACUGGGAAGCCGAGAUUUUGGAGUUAAUUGAGAGUCUUCAGUCUUCACAAUUGACUGUUGACGACACAGGAAGCCGCUAUCGGGAAACGUCGAUUGGCUUGGCCUCAGCUGAACAUAGAGUACUUUCAUCUAAAGCUGCAGCCACAAGUUAUAGUGAGUAUCAGACAGAGUAUGGCUCAACAGACUCUGCACUACAUGCAGAAUCUGCUCCGUUGAAUUCAUCAGCCUCCUUGGAUCCCGACAGGACACGAAGAAUCCGAAACUUUCGUAACAGGAUGUUCCGAGUCAUUGAAUUCUUACAGCAAGAAGCCCGAAGCACCACCCUUCAGCAACUACUUCGCGAAAGAACAUGGAUCAAUCUGGCAUUCUGGCUACCCCUGCGCCGCUCAAUAGCUCGCGCGAUCUUCCAAAUAUUUGUGGCGGCUAUUCCGGAGUCCACCAUGGCCAUACUGGGUCAUGACCAUAUAACAAGUACUCAUCUACUGUCUCUCCCUCUGGUUGACGCCGAGUGCAGUGAAAAGGUUGGAGUGUACAUUGAUUGUGCCACGCAACACGACAGUUCUCGGCCACUAGGUGUAGCAGCCACCGUCCCUCCAAUCACAGCACUAUACACAGGCUCAAGCACCGACGACCUCAAAGUCCGGGUGGACCACCAGAAAGGGGAUUUGGCAAACCUUAAUUCCCAUAACGGGCGGUACUAUCACCGACAAAUAGUGCAACAAUAUGGCCUACAGCCAAGUUUUCGGCGCAUUGCGUUAUUUCCUGAGGAGCUGCCCGAAGCCGAUUUGAAGUGGCGACGGUUUACUUGUGUCGAGCCUGCUACAGAUACAGAUGGAGGAUGGGUGUAG